AGCACUUUACAGGGAGAAGCCUAGACAAUAUUGGAGUGGCGGUGCAGCUUAAACCCCAAUCCCCUCCUCCUCCUCCCCCUUUUGAUAUAGAUUCUGUGAUCACUGAGAAAUGAGGGGACAAACCAGUACUGUUGUUUUGGCCUUCCUCUUGGUAUGGGCCUUGAUCCUCAAGCUCGCCGAGCUGCCGAUUUUCAUACGGCAGAGCAGGGCGGACAACUCAGUAGCCCCACAGCCACAACCCAUGCCCAAAAUUCCCGACAUGGCAACCAAGCUGCAGUGGGGGCAGAUGGUCAUCGGAGUUUGUUUUCCGGCUGUUAAUACCGCCUUGCUAGCUCUCCAUACUCCGGCGCCUCUCCCCAGGACCUUUCCCUGGUUCUGCCUGACAUUCGAGCUGGCCCUUUUUGCUUCCUUGGUGUCUAUCUACAUUCGACGCCGUUCCGAGAAGGCAUCUCUGAUCCUGGAGCAUCUUGCUGUACUCUUCGGCGCUACGGCCUUCCUCCUAGCCAUUUCAAUGCCUCUUCACACCCCAAUGAUUGAGAUAUGCAUCGCCGUCGGCUGCAUUUGUUUCUUCAUAAUCAUCAUUGCCAAUCGUUCUCUGCGUGACUGGGAGAAUGGUGCUUUUGCUGGAGACAUUUAAACAUCUUCUGCCACGGUUUCAUGACUUGAUCAUCUCUCUUUGUAUGGUCUUUUCUUGAAGUUGUUUCAGGAGACAUGUAUGUGUGUGUUGUUUCAAUAAUGAUUACUACUGUACUUUAAGUUUGUUAAUUGUUGGGAAUGUUGAAAUGAUGCUUUGAUUGGAUUUUUUUUUAUGCGUGUC